AUGCGUUAUGCCCAAUUAGUUAUUGGCCCUGCUGGCAGUGGAAAGUCAACUUACUGUUCAACAAUGGUAAAACAUGCCACUGACACCAAACGCAUCAUAGAAGUGGUGAACUUGGAUCCUGCUGCUGAACAUUUUGAUUAUACGCCUUUUGUUGACAUCAGAGAAUUAAUACACCUGGAUGAUGCUAUGGAAGAUGAAGAAUUACAGUUUGGACCAAAUGGUGGACUUGUAUUUUGUAUAGAGACCUUAUUAGAGAACUGUGACUGGCUUGAAGAGCAACUGGGCGACGUCGACGAUGAUUACAUACUGUUCGACUGCCCGGGUCAGAUCGAGUUGUACACCCACCUGCCGGUCAUGCGGCGUCUGGUCGACAUGCUGCAGAGGUGGAACUUCAGGGUAUGCGCAGUGUUUAUGAUCGACUCACAGUUUAUGGUAGAUGGAGCUAAGUUCUUAUCAGGUACUAUGGCAGCACUAAGUGUGAUGGUGAAUUUGGAAAUACCACACGUAAAUAUACUCACAAAAAUGGAUCUACUCAGCAAGACUACUAGGAGGCAACUAGACGACUAUUUGGAUCCCGAUCCUCACAUACUAUUAGCAGAUAUGAGGAAUGGUCAAUCGAGAUGGCAUGGGAAAUAUGCAAAGCUAACAGAAGCCAUCGGUGAGGUUAUUGAAAACUUUAGUUUGGUACGUUUCUAUCCUCUAAAUAUCAAAGACGAGGACAGCAUAGAAAACAUACUACUUACAAUAGACAAUAUUAUACAAUACGGAGAGGAUACAGAUGUUAAAAUAAGAGAUUUUGAUGAACCUGAUCCUGAUGAUGAUGAAUAA